AUGUCGUGGAAACUCACAAAGAAGCUGAAGGAGACCCAUUUGGGUCCUCUUUCAAGCCCCUUCUCCCGCUCGCCCUCUACCUCCACCAUCACAGAUAAGGAAGACAAGAGCCAAGCGGGCAGCUCGGGAGCAGCGACCCCUUCGAACGAGAACACCAUUGCCGCCUCGGAAGCCCUCACGCAAGCUCCCAUCGUCAAGCCUCCUAAGCCCGGUAUCCUCGUCGUCACCCUCCACGAGGGUUCCGGCUUCUCGCUACCCGAACAGUAUCGCAAUGUCUUUUCCUCAAACCAUGGCGGUAACUCGAUGUCGACGGGAAGUGCCCUUAACGUUGCAGGCUCCAUUCGAACCAACAACUCGUCACGAACAGCCAACUUCCUGAGCGGUUCUUCGCGCCCACAGAGCUCGGGCGGCUUUGGCGCCAUUCCUACAAAUCACGGCCGUAUCUCCACAAAGUACAUGCCCUAUGCCCUCAUAGAUUUUGACAAGGUUCAAGUUUUUGUCAACUCGGUCGAAGGCAACCCCGAAAACCCCCUCUGGGCCGGCUCCAACACUCAGUACAAGUUCGAUGUGUCUCGAGUUACGGAGCUUGCCGUACAUCUUUACAUCAGGAACCCCAACGCGGCUCCUGGCUCCGGCCGCAGCCAAGAUAUCUUCCUUGGUGUUGUCCGUAUUAACCCCAGAUUCGAGGAGAAGCAGCAGUUCGUCGAUGACCCCAAGGCCAGCAAAAAGGACCGGGAAAAGGCCGCCGCCGAUUUUGCCAACAAGGAGCGCGCCCUCGGACACAGCGGUGUGGAGUGGGUUGACGUUCAGUAUGGUACCGGAAAGCUGAAGAUCGGCGUUGAGUAUGUGGAGAACCGCGCCGGUAAGCUCAAGAUUGAGGAUUUCGAGCUUCUCAAGGUCGUCGGCAAGGGCUCGUUCGGUAAGGUCAUGCAGGUGCGCAAGAAGGACACGAACCGUAUCUACGCUCUCAAGACGAUUCGCAAGGCGCACAUCAUCUCGCGUUCCGAAGUCGCCCACACGCUCGCUGAGCGAUCCGUUCUGGCCCAGAUCAACAACCCGUUUAUCGUGCCGCUCAAGUUCACCUUCCAGAGUCCCGAGAAGCUAUACUUUGUCCUCGCCUUUGUCAAUGGUGGCGAGCUGUUCCAUCAUUUGCAGAAAGAGCAGCGAUUCGACGUCAACCGCAGUCGUUUCUACACGGCCGAACUGCUGUGUGCGCUCGAAUGCCUUCACGGUUUCAACGUCAUUUACCGUGAUCUUAAGCCGGAAAACAUUCUUCUCGACUACCAAGGUCACAUUGCUCUCUGCGACUUCGGUCUCUGCAAGCUGGACAUGAAGGAUGAGGACCGCACCAACACAUUUUGCGGCACCCCUGAGUAUUUGGCGCCCGAAUUGCUGAUGGGUAAUGGCUACAACAAGACUGUCGAUUGGUGGACAUUGGGUGUGCUUUUGUACGAGAUGUUGACGGGUCUCCCGCCUUUCUACGAUGAGAACACCAACGAGAUGUACCGCAAGAUCCUUAGCGAACCGCUGCACUUCCCCGGACCCGAGGUGGUACCCCCAGCUGCCAAGGACCUCUUGACCAAGCUGCUCAACCGCGACCCGCAACAACGUCUCGGUGCCAACGGGGCGGCCGAGAUUAAGGCGCACCCCUUCUUCCACGCCAUAGAUUGGCGCAAGUUGUUGCAGCGCAAGUACGAGCCUGCGUUCAAGCCCAAUGUGGUUGACGCGCUCGACACUGCCAACUUCGACCCCGAGUUCACAUCGGAACUUCCUCAGGAUUCUUACGUGGAAGGACCGAUUCUGUCAGAGACGAUGCAGAACCAGUUCACGGGCUUCAGUUACAACCGUCCUAUUGCUGGUCUCGGGGAUGCGGGUGGCAGUGUUAAGGACCCAUCAUUCGCGAGCAGUCUUCAAGACAACAGCAGCAGGAGAUAG